GCACAGCAGUACGAUGUCUAUUGCUGGGCGAGGGACAGCGCAACGGACAUGCAGGGGUUUUCCAGGGCGAAUUUUAUGUCGCAUGCGUAUGUGGGGACGGCUGUCGGUAAUGACACCACGCCAAGCGGUGGCAAGAUCGAAGCUGUGUGGAUCACUGACAGCACUCCUCCGACGUUGUAUUUUGUUCGGGCAGGUGGUGUGAAGACGGAGGACACGCUGCAGGUUACUCUGCAGCUGUCGGAACCAGGGACGGUUUGGUGUCAAGCGGCCGAGCCGGCCAAUGCUUCCUUAGGCUCGCCGUAUUGCAACGAAGACGAAAUCAGCUCCAAUCUCCUCGAUGCUUGCUACUGGGAGAGCUUUGUCAAGGGCUCCAAUGCCCCUAGCACCUUCAGCGCUGACGUCCACACAGCUUUCGAGUACGUCGAAGUGGAAAUCAAUCGCAUCUGGCGGAAGAACACGGCAUCAGAAGAUCCGCUCCUUCCGGAGACGGGCUACAAGAUCUUCUGCUAUGCGGAGGAUGACUGGCCCACGAAAGCACAGAGUGUGACGACAUCUGCUGCGACCUUGGCAUGCACAGACAGGACCAGCGGUCAUGCGCCAAUGCAGCAUGCACCCAUUGUGGUCAUGCAGUGUGAUGCUGUCGGGCUUCGAACGACACUGGACUUGACGCCUCCGAACAUCAACGUGUCAAACCCCGCAGCACCGUCCGAGACGGCGAUUACCGUUCUCGUGUCGUUGUCGGAGGCCGGUACUGCUUUGGGCUCAGCCUGGUGCAAGCCCGUGCAUGGCGGUGGCGAUGCUCCAACAGUGCUGGAGAUUCUGAGCGCGGGCUUCAGCGCCGCCAUGGCAACGGAGCCCUACACAGCGACGGUGAUGCUCAGUGGCGAAGAUGCCACCGUCUUUUGCUACGCAGAAGAUGAUUCAUGCCGCGAGCUUAGCUCCUUCGGUAAGUGCCAGAACUAUGUUAGUAUCGGUUCCGAAGCGAUCGCAGAAACUCGAACGAGCAUCCGCACGCUGGACUCGCUGCUGACAUGUCUUGCCAUUUUUGGUGCAUGCGGAGAUGCAACUGAACUGAAGAGAAAGCGCGGUGACAGAACGCCCCCGCAGUUGCGAGUGGUGAACGUUCGGUCCAUUGCUCGAGAUCAGAUUCAACUCACCAUCCAGGAGAGGAAAGGGAGAGGGAAGCCGGAACCUCUGCCUUUCGUCUGCGACCUCGGCCAGGCUGACGAGGGCGUGCGCUUGUGGUGUGCGGUGUGGGCCCUUACUUCGCCUGAUUCCCUUCUUUUGUCUCGAUCCAGGGAUGCUUUUUUGGAAGAGCUUUGUGUCGUUUGCAAGGCUUGGCCAAGCGACCUGCCUCCCACUGAUGAGCUGGGAUUUCCUCUGAAUGCAACAAACUUCGAAGAGAUGAUCAAAGACUGGGCCAGAAGUAGAUGCGUGGACUCUCUGGGCGUAGCUUGUGGAAGCUUUUGGGUCUACGACUUGGAUGACCUUGAGGACACAUCCUUGGAUGGCAUGACGUCUUUAGCAUCGUACAGGGACGAGCGAACUUGGAGACACAAUGAGGACGUGAUUGUCGUACUGAAAGGCCUUUCGGAGCAAACCGAAUACAGCCACCUGUAUUGCUAUGCAGAAGAUGACGAGGACGAUGGUCUUGGGGCUGCCGCGAACAAGAUGACUUACGACACCGGAGUGUAUUCCAGCCAGGUUAUCGUGAUUCAUCAGGGCCUUGGCAAUGUGACCACACUCGAUGAGACCCCGCCUACUUUUACUCAGCUGAGCAUUCAGGAUCCGACAAAUUUCCCGGAUCGCAUUGAGAUUAGUUUCGCUCUGAACGAGCCUGGAACCGCAUACUGUCGAGCCACGCGAUCUGAUUCUGGUGAAACCGGUGCCGACAUGUACAUCGCAUGGAUUCAGACAGCUGCCUGGUCAUCGACUCAUGAUGGGUCUAGUUUGCCAGCAACGAUCGAGAUCAGCAAGCUAGAGAACCUGGAUCCGCUCCUCACAAAUCGGGAUGACCAAACGGUGCCCAUUCUGGAGGCACAACAGUAUGACGUCUACUGCUGGGCUAUGGACAGUGCCGUCGACACUGCUGGACUGGCAAGACCGAAUUACAUGGCGCAGAGCUAUGCGAUCACGGAAGUGAAUUCCAGUACCUCCCCAGCCGGAGGUUGGACACGAGGUGUCUGGGUGGUAGACUCCACGCCUCCACAGAUCAUUUUAGUCGGUGCUGAGGCCGUCUCCUCGUCAGAGCUGCAAGUGACGCUUCAGCUGGACGAGCCUGGCACGGUUUGGUGCCAGCCAGGUGACACCUCGGGCGAUGCGACGCAGUGCCAGAGCUCUGAAGUGCAGAAUCAGUCUUCCAGCACCGAUUGCUUCUGGAUCACAUUGAUACAGUCCAACGACUUCCGCGCGGAUGUUCAUGAAGCCUUCGUUGACGUCUCCAUCAACAUGAACCUUCUGCAUCCGCACCAGGGACACGUGGCCAGCCUCCUCUCCCCUGAGACGGCAUACGAGAUCUUCUGCUACGCUGAGGACGACUGGCCCACGCAGGCCAACGCGGCGACCAAUUCUGUGAGCUUCGUGGCGGUGACCAGCCCCAACAACGCCUCUUUCGAUGACUCCGAGCGCUUGAGGACUGGCAUCGGCUUGCUGACAACCCUGGACGAGUCACCGCCGAACUUCACUACCCUGUCGAUUGCAGAUCCCACUCUGCAGAAUGACAGGAUUGUGGUGGUGUUUUCUCUCAACGAGGCUGGCACGGCAUAUUGCCGUCGAGCCACCCGAUCCGACUCCGGUGAAACGGCCACAGUCAUGACUAUCAACCGCAUAGUCAGUGCUGGCUGGUCGGCAAGCAAUGACGGUUUGGGCAGCGGCAUGAUUGUCAUGACACAUCUGGAAAAUCUGACCAUGCUCAACCUGCAGAGUGUUGUGCGUGUGGCAGUAGCUAUGUAUUGCUUGGCGAAGGACAGCGCCGUUGAUGGGAAAGGCUUAGCUCGGGCAAACUGGAUGCAACAUGACUACGUCUCCAGGGCCGGUGGGAUGACGCCGGGUGUCUGGGUCGUCGACGCAACGCCGCCGGCCCUUCUCCUCGUGGAUGCCUAUGCUGCCAGCCAAGCGACGAUCCACCUGUGUGCUCCUCUGGCGACUGACAACGCGUCCUUCUGCAGUCUCGAUGACAUGGCCGCAAACAUCACUGUAGGAUGUGAUUACGAGAGGUUCAUCAAGGACCAGCAGCCGUUACAGGCGGCGUCGAGCGCAGAAGUCUCUGAGUCAUACAAAGACGUUGAAGUGAAGGUGGACCGAAUUGUUACCCGUGACGGCCUGACCAACUACGCCUUGGAAACGGAACAAUCGUACAACGUCUUCUGCUUUGCACAAGAUGAUUGGCCAUUGCAGGCAACGCGUGCCUUGGUGCAGUCGCCAAACUUCGUGGCUCCAGGGGACGCGAUGAGAAUUUCCUUAUCGGAUGCAGAAGCCUUUUCCAAUCUGAUUGGCAACAUCACAACGCUGGACGAGACACCUCCCAGCUUUACCUUGCUGCACAUAGAGGACCCCACUGCCAGCAAUGACCGCAUAGUCAUCACGCUGCAGCUCAACGAACCGGGAACUGCUUACUGCCGAGCAGCCCGAUCCGACUCUGGUGAGGCUCCGUCUGACAUGCACAUCAAUCGGAUACUGACAGCCAAUUGGCCAGCACAGAACGACGGACUUAGCCAUUCUACGAUUCAAAUCACUCAGCUGGAGAAUGUGGACCCAUUGUCCACAAGUCGUGAUGACGAAGUGGAGCCUAUCGCAGAAGCCGUUCAGUACGACGUGUACUGCUGGGCCGAGGACAGUGCGGUGGACAGUUCUGGCUAUGCGCGGCACAACUACAUGACAAUCGGAUACACUCGCCGCGAACCUGGAGGGUCCAGUUGCCUGCCUGUGUCUGCCUGCCGUCUGAGCUCCAAGAAGAAAAUGAAAGGCACCGAUGCUGUCACAUCGGCGUAUCCGCAAGGUGGCCGCAGUCCAG